UUUGUCUCUUCCCAGACACCCCCAGACCCCCACCCGCGACCCCCGGGCGCCCCGGGAGGGGCCUGGAGCGGCGGGGCGGGGCGGGGGGCGGCGGGCAGGGGGAGGAGGAGGAGGAGGCGGAGGAAGCCGCCGCUCCCCGCGCUCCGCCGAGGCAGGAGCAUCCUGGCCCCGGAGCCCCGCGGCCGCCGCCCCCCGCCGCGCCCGGCCCCCCCGGCAGCUCAGGGCUGAGAACUGGGGGUGACACUGCGGCCCCGCGGCAGAGCAGACCCCGGCGCCUGCCCCAGGACCAUGAUCCCCGCCAAGGAGAAGGCCAGGGCUCCCAAGGACAGCAUGACGCUCCUGCCCUGCUUCUACUUCGUAGAGCUGCCCAUCGUGGCCUCUUCCAUCGUGACGCUCUAUUUCCUGGAGCUGACGGACCUCUUCAAGCCGGCCAAGGUGGGCUUCCAGUGCUACGACCGCACGCUCUCCAUGCCCUAUGUGGAGACCAACGAGGAGCUCAUCCCGCUGCUCAUGCUGCUCAGCCUGGCAUUCGCCGCGCCGGCCGCCUCGAUCAUGGUUGGGGAGGGCAUCGUGUACUGCCUGCAGUCCAGGCUGAAGGGCCGCGCCGGUGCCGAGGGCAGCAUUAACGCCGGCGGCUGCAACUUCAACUCCUUCCUGCGCCGCACCGUAAGGUUUGUGGGCGUCCACGUGUUCGGGCUCUGUGCCACAGCGCUGGUGACGGAUGUCAUCCAACUGGCCACCGGCUACCACGCUCCCUUCUUCCUCACCGUCUGCAAGCCCAACUACACGCUGCUGGGCACCCCCUGCGAUGCCAACCCCUACAUCACCCAGGACAUCUGCUCGGGCACGGACAAACACGCCAUCCUCUCUGCCAGGAAAACCUUCCCAUCCCAGCACGCAACGCUCUCGGCGUUCGCUGCUGUCUACGUAUCGAUGUAUUUCAAUUCCAUCAUCUCGGACAGCACCAAACUCCUCAAGCCCAUCCUGGUCUUUGCCUUCGCCAUCGCCGCCGGCAUCUGUGGCCUGACUCAGAUCACCCAGUACCGCAGCCACCCCGCUGACGUCUACGUGGGCUUCCUCAUCGGCUCCGGCAUCGCUGCCUACCUGGCAUACCACGCUGUCGGCAACUUCCGCGCCCCGACCGAGAGGGUCCCGGUGCCGGCGCCGGCCAAGGAUGCGCUGCGGGCGCUGACGCAGCGGGGCCACGACUCCGUGUACCACCAGAACAAGUCGGUGAGCACCGACGAGCUGAACCCGCAGACGCGGCUGGAGGAGGCGGCUCGGCCGGUGCCGCGGGAGAAGAACUCCCUGGGUAGCCUGAAGCGGGCCAGUGUGGACGUGGACCUGCUGGCCCCCCGCAGCCCCAUGGGCAAGGAGAACAUGGUGACCUUCAGCAACACCCUGCCCCGCGUCAACACCCCGUCCAUGGAUGACCCCGCGCGGCGCCACAUGACCAUCCACGUCCCCGUGGACGCCUCCCGCUCCAAGCAGCUCAUCACCGAGUGGAAGCAGAAGUCGCUGGAGGGCCGGAGCAUGACGCUGGCGGAGGAGGCGGCGCAGGGCCGGGGUGCAGGGGACGCUGGCGAGGAUGUGCCCCCGUCGCUGUACCCCACGGUGCAGGCGCGCGCGGCCGAGCGGGCGGCCGUGGGGCCCCGUGUCCUCAUCCAGCCCCGCGCGGGCACCUCGCAGCUCGUGCACAUCCCCGAGGAGACCCAGGCGGGUGCUGGUGUCCCGGCCGGCAGCGGCGCGGCUGCACGGGCCAAGUGGGUGAUGGUGGCCGAGAAAGGGGGUGCGCAGCGCGUGGCCAACCCGCCGCGCCUCAUGCAGGUCAUCGCCAUGUCCAAGCAGCAGAGCAUGGUCUCCGUCACCCCCAAGCACUCGGAGACGUCGUCGUCCUCCACCAGCUCCGACUCCUCGCAGUACCGCUCGCCCUCGGAGCGGGACAGCUCCAGCAUCAUCACCAUCGACGCCCAUGCCCCCCAUCACCCUGUUGUCCACCUCUCCGCCGGCAACGGGCCCUGGGAGUGGAAGUCAGGGCCGAAGGGGCCGGAGGGGCCGGAUGCCUAUGAGCUGGGCGAGAUGGGGAAGGAGUUCCGCGGCUUCCACCCGGCCAAGAGCGCCGGCAUCUCGCCGGGCUCCUCCAUCAGCGACAUGGAGCAGGACGAGCCGCGCUAUGGCAGCCUGGCCGCCAUCGCCGGGGGCGAGCGGGGGGACACGGCGGCCGAGGGGCUGCCGGGCACAGCCAGCCGCGAGUCCACGCUGCGGAGGAAGCCGGCGGAGCGGGAUGCGCAGGGGGACAGCGAGGUGGACCACUACUACAAGAAAAUGCAAGCCGGCCGCAGGUUUAAGGACUGAGCCCCCCCAUUGCCUUCCCCAGGGCUCCCCCAGCUCCCUGCUGGAGGGGGGGGGGGGCAUCAAGAAGGGAGCUCUGUGGCCUUGGGGUGAUGGAGCAGCACAAGGAUGCGGCCGAGCAUGGUCACACCAGGCCCUGAGCCAGCCGGGAUGUGCGUGAGACCCCCCCCAGUGUGGGAUCCUGCUCCCACCCGGGCGCUGGGGAGGCUCAGGGGGCUCUGCCCCCCCCAGGCUUGGACAGCUCUGAGCACUUUGGACUUUCUUUUUCUCUCUAACAUGGUGCUGACGUUUCGGAGGGGUUCGUAAUUUAUUCCAGCUCUGAAAGUGUAUUUCUGGGGGGGGAUGGGAGGGAGCAAAUGGUGCUGAAGGGCUUUGGGGGGGGCUGGAUCGAGGGGUCCUGGGGUUUGGGGCUGCCGUGGGGCAACGGGCCCUGGCUCGCGCGGGGUUUGUGGAUGCUGGGGUCCUGCAGCCCCACAUCCGGCGCCACUGGGCAGUGUUGGGGAGGACGAGGGGGGACAGGGGGUGCCCAGGGCUGGGGCUCUGGGCACAUGGAGGCUGUAAAUAGUGCAUGGGCUGAUGGUGAGGGUGGGCCAUGGGGCGGGCGCGGGGGGAGCCGGGGCUGAGCUCUGGCCCCAGGAGCAGCAGCAGCCCUGGGCUGGGGACCGAGGUUUUUUGGGGGGCCGGGGGGGUUCCGGGGCUGUGAACGCGUCUGUUGGGCAAUGGCUGGAACUGCUGUGGUUUGAAAAGCAAAUAAACACGUGGAUGUUC